GCUAUGAAACAGCAAGCUGGGAAAUUCUACGUCUAUGCAGUGCCUCUUCUCCUGUUCUCCUUGCAGAUGGCUGUCUUCAUUUGUGCAGCAAAAGAGAACGCAAUCAUCACCCUCAACUCUCCUGCUACUGCUCACACAGCGGUGCUGCCCCUAGUGGUGACCACCCCUGAGCCAUGGCAUCCAUUUGUGGCUCAGAUCCCAGCCAAGGAGAAAGCCAAAGAGGGUGAAACUGUGGUCCUGAAUUGCCAAUUUCACAGUCCCUGGGGCCCGUCCCUGAGCAAGCUGACAGUGAAGUGGUACAAAGUGGAUGAAAAGGGGCAGAGGGACCUACUGGAGAACAAUGUGACUGUCUUGACAAACUACUCCAGGGCUUUCAUACAUGGGAACUUAUCCCAAGGAGAUGCCUCCCUGACUAUCCUCAAUGUGACAGCCAGUGAUCACGGCAUUUAUUUCUGCCAGGUGACGCUGUCCAGUGGGAAGGAGGUGAUGGGGAGUGGUACAAAGCUCAGGAUCAGGAGAGCACUAGGGUUGUUUGGCAUAGAAGAAUCCAUUGGAACAAUCAUCGGGGUUGUGGCAGCCGGUAUAGGAGGCUUGGUGGUUCUGAUUAUAGUUCUAACUCCUCGGUUGAGGAAGUGUCUCCUGUGCAUAAAACAAGCACCUCACCAAGCAUAACUUGAGCUGCAUGGUUACAGAAAAUACCAGAAGACUAAACAGUUUCUUCCAUGUGUGUCAUAACUUGUCACAUUCUGUGAACCAAAAGGGGCAGUUUUUUGAGCUAUCUAUGUGUGC